AUGCAACCCCUUAGACCAACUCGGGCAAAACAACAUGAUAAUAGUAAGAUGGAAAAACUGCCCCCCUGGGUCAACUUUAAUGAUCAAGAUGAUGAUUACAAAGAAACUAUUCCUGAUAACGAAUCUAACAAUUCAACUAACACAUUAGAUAAUGAGGAAAUAUCUAAUGACGAAACAAAUAAACAAAUAAAAAACAAAUCACCUCAAUAUGACAAUAAUUCAUUAACCAGCAAACCCUCAAGAACAUCCAGGGUUAACGCACUAAACAACAUCUUCACAAGAUUACCUUCACCAAAUUCUAGGGAGAUCCACGAUAAAUCUUCAUUGAAUAAUUGA